GGCGGCACUUGAAUUGCCUUUCGGUCCGUCAAGGUUUUACAUUUGAUUUUAGGGUUUAGUGAAGGUACUGGGCGAGUUUGGCUGACAUCCGAUUCCAGUCGCCGUUACUUUUGGCACCAGGAGGACGUCGAGUGUGUUCUUCCCCUGCGUAGAGCGUCGCUGGUGCCACAGACUGGAAUGGUUACCUCUAAUCUCUUUUCCUCUAUCCUUGGCGCUGGCAAUUGAAAUUUCGCUUUCGUUGGAAAGAGUAUCUUCUCCGACAAGUUAAAGCAAAAUGUGUGAUUCAAAUGCCAGUGUUAGGGAAUAAUGUCUCAUCAAGUGGGUUUCAGAUUCUUUACUGAGCUAAUUAUGAUCGUAGAUUGAUUGCAUCACUGCCUCAUGUAGGCAUCACAUUGUCUUCUAAUAUAUCUCGAGCAAGUGUAGAAGUAGAAGAAUGGGUGAUGCAGGAUGUGAACAACCUGAACAGCCAGUUAAUGAUGGAAGAGAGGAACUGAACAUCCAAUCUAUUGGAAACCUUGAUCCUGCAAGGAGACUAGUCAAAGAUACUGAGUCCUGCCCCUUGUCGAAUCCUGAAUCUGAGGCAAUAACUUGUAAGCUGGUUAUGAAUGUGGAUGCUUCUGCUCAACCUAGUCGGAGGAUUCUUCCAUCUUCUUUAAUGGGAAAUGUUUCCCGAUCUGUAUUUAAACCUAGCUUAGGAAAUUAUAAACGACUUGUUGGUGGAAGGGUUCUACGUUCAUCUUUCGUUGGAGGAAACUCAACUGAUACUUCAACAAGGUUUCAGCCACCAGCAUUUGUAGAAGUAAAAUCCCAUACCAAGAUGAAACCUGAGUCCCGCCCCUUGUCAAAUCCUGAAUCGGAGGCAAUAACUUGUAAGAUGGUUAUGAAUGUGGAUGCUUCUGCUCAACCUAGUCAGAGGAUUCUUCCAUCAUCUUUCAUGGGAAAUGUUUCCCGAUCUGUAUUUAAACCUAGCUUAGGAAAUUAUAAACGACUUACUGGUGGAAGGGUUCUACGUUCAUCUUUCGUCGGAGGAAACUCAGCUGAUACUUCAACAAGGUUUCAGCCACCAGCAUUUGUAGAAGUAAAAUCCCAUACCAAGAUGAAACCUGAGUCCCGCCCCUUGUUGAAUCCUGAAUCUGAGGCAAUAACCUGUAAGCUGGCUAUGAAAGUGGAUGCUUCUGCUCAACCUAGUCAGAGGAUUCUUCCAUCAUCUUUCAUGGGAAAUGUUUCCCGAUCUGUAUUUAAACCUAGCUUAGGAAAUUAUAAACGACUUGUUGGUGGAAGGGUUCUACGUUCAUCUUUUGUUGGAGGAAACUCAAUUGAUACUUCAACAAGGCUUCAGCCACCAGCAUUUGUAGAAGUAAAAUCCCAUACCAAGAUGAAACCUUCAGUAGAGAGUAUAGGCAGUAAACAUUUGCUUGGAAGGGACAUUUCAUAUCGGCUGCUGCCUUCUUCAUUCCAUGGAAGAUCAGCCAACAUUAUGCAGCAACCAGGAACAAGCAAUGAACAAAAGCACUUGGGAAUGGGAGAUGAUAGGCACAUUCGUGAUGAGAGGCAUAUAUAUCAAGAGGCAUUGCAGAACCUUGAUCAACCACAGAUUGAAGACGAUCUGCCAGACACUCUGUUGGCUGUUCCUCUCCUAAAGCACCAGAAAAUAGCCUUGGCUUGGAUGGUUCAAAAGGAGAAUAGUGUACAUUGUGCAGGCGGAAUACUUGCUGAUGAUCAGGGCCUUGGUAAGACGGUAUCGAUGAUUGCUCUAAUACAAAAGCAAAUAGCGGAACAGUUGAACUUCACAUCUGCCAAUUCUAGUUGUAUCAUGCCAGAAACAUUAAAUCUAGAUGAGGAUGGGGUUAGUGACUUGGCUAUGUCAAAGCAACAAACUGAGAGAAUGACUAAUUCACGUGUACACUCGUCAUCCCAAAACUCAAAACCGGCUGCUGGUACUCUUGUUGUAUGCCCUGCAAGUGUUCUUCGACAAUGGGCUCAAGAGCUAGAUGAGAAAGUUCCUGAAAGUGCAAAGUUGUCUGUUCUAAUAUACCAUGGAGGUACAAGGACAAAAGAUCCUAUGGAGUUAACAGAGUAUCAUGUUGUUCUAACCACCUAUUCAAUUGUUACUCAUGAAGUACCAACUCAUUUAUUGGCUUCUGAUGAUGAAAAGGAUGAGCUCACAUGCAACAAAAAAAGGAAGGCAGUUCCCAAAAAAGGGAACAAGCAGAAGAGAAAAGGGCAAAGAAAGAAAAAUUCGCAGCAUGAUAUUGGCAGUGGUCCCCUUUCAAGAGUUCGGUGGUUCAGGAUUAUACUAGAUGAGGUUCAAAUAAUAAAAAAUUUCAGAACACAAAUGUCUAGAUCUUGUUCUGGUCUUCGUGCUAAAAGAAGAUGGUGCUUAUCAGGGACACCGAUGCAGAAUUCAAUCGAUGACCUCUACAGCUACUUCCGCUUCUUGAAGUAUGAUCCGUAUGCUGACUAUAGUUCUUUCUGUACCUCUAUAAAAUAUCCAAUUUCUACAAAUGCAAGCAGUGGAUAUAAGAAGCUUCGGGCUGUCUUUAAAGCUAUACUGCUUCGUCGCACCAAAGGUACACUAAUUAAUGGGGAGCCAAUUCUUAAACUACCUCCAAAAUCAAUCUUCCUUGAAAAGCUGGAUUUUUCGCAAGAGGAGAGACAAUUCUAUUUGCAACUAGAGGCUGAUUCACGAGAACAAUUCAAGGAAUAUGCCAAUGCUGGGACCUUGAAAAAAAAUUAUGCAAAUAUUCUAUUGCUGCUUUUGCGACUUAGGCAAGCCUGUGAUCACCCCAUUCUUGUCAAAGGGUUCCAUUCAAAUACCAGUGGAAAGAACUCAAUGCCUAUGGAGCGGCAUCUUUCCAGGAAGACGAUUGUCCAUUUGCUUAAUCAGUUAGAAAGUUCUCUCGGAAUUUGUGAUUUGUGCAGUGACCUAGCCGAGGAUGCUGUUGUCACAAUGUGUGGGCAUGUCUUUUGCUAUCAGUGUGUGUCUGAACAUUUAACCGGUGAUGACAACUUGUGUCCUGCAACCGACUGUAGUAAUACUAUUGGUUAUGAUUCAUUUUUUUCACGAGAUAUAUUGAAGAGAUUAAUUUCUGAUGAUGAUACUGAUGAAGCUUCAACCCGCUACACUUGUGAUCCAGAAUCAGUCACCCACGGUCAUUACAUCUCUUCCAAAACUAAAGCCGUUAUAGAUAUCCUGAUGUCAAUCUCUGGUUCAAAUACCAAAAUUGUUGAUAAUCUUGCAAAUUCCACUAAUUUCAAACCUAAUCAGUUAAACCUAAAUCCUAAAGUGCCCGAAAAGGUCCUUAUUUUUUCCCAGUGGAAUAGCAUGCUGGACUUGCUUGAGUUUUCAUUGGAUAAGUAUUUUAUACAGUAUAGGAGGCUAAAUGGGACAAUGUCUCUUACUUCAAGAGACAAGGCUGUGAAAGACUUCAAUAGUGACCCAGAGGUAACUGUUAUGCUAAUGUCACUAAAAGCGGGAAGUCUUGGCCUGAAUAUGGUUGUUGCACGUCAUGUGAUUCUUCUUGAUCUUUGGUGGAAUCCAACUACUGAAGAGCAAGCCAUUGACCGAGUGCAUCGAAUUGGACAAACCCAUCCAGUAAAGGUGUCACGAAUAACUAUAAAAGAUACAGUUGAAGAUCGUAUAUUGGCUCUUCAGUUACUUAUCUUUGACCAAUGUGCUAAUUUCGAUAUUAGCAUUAUAACUAUCGUCAUUGAACUGUGGCAGUUAAACAAGGAGAAGAAAAGGAAGAUGAUUUCUUCUGCUUUUGGAGAUGACCACGGUGUCAAUAAAGCUAGUCAGCUCAGCGUGGAAGAUCUAAAAUACCUGUUUAACUUCUUCAAUGACUGAGUUUCGUGUGGAUUACAGUAUUUAUUUUGAUCGUUUUGCAUACGCAAGAAUCGAGAUGCUGGGGAAAUUUUGUUGGAAGAUGUGCUCCUGUCACGCAACCAGUUUAUCCCUUCCCCUCGAUUAGAGGUUCUGGUAAUCAUGAAACUGGCAUCCUAGGACUGAUGGGGCGUGAUCUACUGUAAAUAUAAAUUUUGCAGCCAGUUU